AUGAAAGAAGAUAAAAUAACAAGAAUAUUAAAUUGCAAUUAUAAAGAAUUUGUAAAUAUAUAUAAAGAUCAAGCAGGUCAAAAUGACUAUCAUUUAAAAAGAGGCGAUAUCAAUAUCAAGUUUACCAAUUGGACCACCAUUACUAAUACAGGAUCAUUAAAUAAAGAUUGUGACAAUGAAGAAAGAUCGAUUACAUUUCAAGCACCAAUCAAUGCACCCCAAUCA